UGAACAGAACUCACAGCAGACAUGUCUGCGCGCACGAUAGCACAGUCUGCGUUUCAUCAACGCGGUUUGUGUCGCAUAAACGCACCCAAGAGUGACGUUUGCGCAGGAUGGUUGAUGUAAACAAGGAAGUCUAAAAUGGAGCGCAGGCAUAAAGAGAUCCUUCGACGGAAGAGGAUAAAUCUUGUGUUGAGUUUAAACCCUUCUGAUGUCUACGACGGACUUCUGUCGAGGGGCAUCUUUACUGACGAUAUGAUUGAUGAGAUAAAGAACUCUGGUCCAAGACGUGCUCAAGCCAGGCAGCUGGUGAGGGAUCUAGAGACAAGAGGAAGUCUGGCCUUUCCAGCCUUCUUGGAGUGUCUUCGAGAAACUGGGCAGCACACUCUGGCUGAACUGCUGGAGAGUGGAGAUCCUGUUCCUGUACCCGUUCCUCUCCCUGUGCAGCCGAGCAUAAUCCCUCUCCCUGUGCAGCCGAGCAUAAUCCCUCUCCCUGUCUCAGGGAAUCUUCUCGAUUUUAAAAAGCCAGAAGGAGGUGAUGCUCCUAAGAAACCGAUUCCGUUGAAACCAAAAACAUUGCCUAUUGCAUCUAUUGAGGAUGAAACUGAAAUACCUAGAUCAACAAGGCCCAGAAGUGACAGCAUACAGUCCUAUAAGAUGGAAGCCAGUCCAUGUGGAGUCUGUUUGAUCAUCAAUAACGUGGAAUUUGACUCUGGCUCUGAGCUAAAGAAUCGCUUGGGGUCUGAUAUCGACUGCGAAAAGCUGGAGAGACGAUUCAGAUCUCUCAACUUUCAUGUUCUUGUUAAGAGGAACUUAAAAUGCAAACAUAUACGACACGAGCUGGCCACACUAGCUAAAAUGGAUCAUUCUGUGUAUGACUGCUGUGUGGUGGUCAUAUUAUCACAUGGCACUGAGGCAAGUCAUAAUCGCUUCCCUGGAGCAGUUCAUGGUGUAGAUGGUCUCUCAGUCGCAGUACAGAUCAUCACUAACUACCUCAAUGGGCAGAACUGUCCCUCUCUGCAGGGCAAGCCCAAAGUCUUCUUCAUCCAGGCUUGUGGAGGAGGCGAGACAGACACAGGCUUUGAGGUCUCUCCCGAUGAGGUACAGCACACAGCACCAAGGCUAGAUGAGCAGGCGGACGCUAUUCCCACAUCCUCCAGCAGUGACUCGCUCAGCUUGUCUGAUGAACCAGACGCUCGGGCCACCCUUCCCACACCCAGCGACAUCCUAGUGUCCUACUCAACAUUUCCAGGAUAUGUAUCAUGGAGGGACACGAACAAAGGCUCGUGGUAUGUGGAGACUCUGGAUCGUGUACUGGAGAACAAUGCUGACACUGAUGACCUUGUCACCAUGUUAAUGAUGGUGAACAACGAGGUCUCUCAAAUAUCCGCUAAGGGCCUGUACAAACAGAUGCCUGGAUCGUUCAACUUUCUCCGGAAGCUGUUCUACUUUCAGGUCUUGAAGACAUAAGCUUAAAAAUGAACAUAUGAAUAAACAAAUGAGCAUUAAGAUUAAAACCGGUUGAUCCUUAUUUAAAAAAAAAAUGGUUACAUUCAAUUUAAUGGCUACUGAAUUAAAUCCAGAAACUGCAACUAGACAUAUCAUUGUACUGUAUAAAUAAAUGUUUACCUUGUUACUUGA